GCCCGCAACCAAGAUGGCGGCGGCGGUGGCCGGGAAGCGCCGUGUGGCGAGUGAGAGGUGAAGCCGCUUCCGCCGCCGCGGCCCGUCCAGUAAUAAAAAUGGCGGAGUCGGUGCUGGAAGUUGUGGGCCGGCUGCAGGCUCGGCUCGCGGGCAGCGCGGAUCCCAAGAAGCUGCUGAAGAGUCUGAAGAAGCUGUCUGAGCUGCCCAUCACAGUUGACAUUCUUGUGGAGACAGGCGUUGGAAAGACAGUGAACAGCUUACGGAAGCAUGAGCUGGUGGGAGACUUUGCCAAGAACCUCGUUGCCAGGUGGAAGAAGCUGGUGCCGGUCUCCCAGGAGGCAGAUAGAAAUAAUCUAGAUUCUGAAGACUGCGACUAUGAGAGGAGCAGCUCAAGGAAAAGACAAGCACCUUCUCCCCAGGAGGAUGAGGAACAUGACCAGGACUACUCAGAGCCUUUCCAGCCUUCCUGCAGCCAGCUCUACAGCCCAGAUCAUAGAGAAAAGAAAUCCAAAAGGUAUUUAGGGCCUGAGAAAUCUAAUGAGGCUUAUGGUUGUAGCAGCCAAGAGGAUAAGAGAUGGGACAGAUCUUCCCCAGUGCUCUCUUCAGAUCAGGAGUACUCGGACUAUGGACAAGCUGUGUCACCUGAGCCAAGUGAGAGCCCUCAGGAUACGUACACAGACCCUUAUGCCUCUGACGAGCAGGAAGAACCAACAGUGUUUCAUCGUAAAGCCAGUAAGGGCCAUGGCUUUCAGGAGAAGCUGGGGGAAAGCUGGGAGAGGAACCCUAGUGAUCUCCAUGACAAAGGGAAUGCGAGUGGAAACAAAGAGCACAAGUCUUUUCACAAGGAGAAGCAGCGACCUGAUGGCCAAGGGGAGAACAAAUCCUCUGCCUUCAGCCCUGACAAAUUGCACAAGACCUCUUUUAAAGAGCAUCUCCGAGAAAGCCCUGUGGUAGGGGGCAGCAAGGAAAAGCACAGGAUGUCAGAUGGCACUAAGAAGGAGAAAAACCGAGAAAAUAGCUCUUCCAGAAAAGAGAAGCUGCACGUGCAGCCACGCUUGGAAGAGUCUGUGGACAACCACACUAAGAAGCGAAAACAUCAGAACUCUGAAAAAAGCAAAGUGGGGAAGUCCAAGCCAAGCCUGGAGACUUCUAACACAGAGCGGGAGAAACACAAAGGUGAGAGUGACUCCUCAAAUAGGAUUAAGGAAAAGGGGACUUCUGGGAGCUUAAAAACAUCUGAGGGGAAGCACAAAGCCACUGAGUUGGACAGAAAAUCUACUGACUUGUCCUCGAGUUUUGGGGACGGGGAAGUGGAGGAUGAGUUUGAACAACCUACUAUGUCUUUUGAGUCAUACCUCAGCUAUGACCAGCCCCAGAAAAAGAAAAAGAAAGUGGCCAAACCCUCUACGUCAGCUGGGGAGAAAGAUCAAGGGCACAGCAAACAGAAUGGAUCCAAAGCCAGCACCAAGAGCUCCAGCUCGAGUCGCAAGAGCCCAAGCCACAAGCGGACAAAUGAGAAAAAAGCAGAGAAGAAACAAGCAGAGCCUCCUAAAUCAAACAGGAUGCUGAUAGAUGUGGUGCCAACCUUACCAGACAUCCCACUGCCCCCAAUCCAGGCCAACUACCGCCCUCUUCCCUCCAUUGAGUCCAUUACCUGCUCCCAGACAAAAAGGAAAGCAGUGUCCUCACCAGUUGAAGAGAGCGAGGCAGGAUUUAUAGGUCGCCGGUUGAAUUCGAAGAUGCAAGUGUAUUCAGGCUCUAAAACUGCCUACCUCCCAAAGAUGAUGACUUUGCAUGAGCAGUGUAUCAGAGUCCUUAGUAACAACAUUGACUCAAUCUAUGAAGUGGGUGGUGUCCCUUUCUCAGUGCUGGAGCCAGUGUUGGAGAAAUGCACCCCAGAGCAGCUGUACCGCAUUGAGGAAUGUAAUCACGUCCUAAUUGAGGAAACAGAUCAACUAUGGCAUAAUCACUGUCUUAGAGACUUCAAGAAUGAGAAGCCAGAAGAAUUUGAGUCCUGGCGGGAGAUGUACCUUCGACUUCACGACGCUCGAGAGCAGCGGCUGCUCAUGCUGGCGCGGAACAUAGGCUCAGCUCAUGCUAACAAACCUAAAGGUAGAGUGGCCAAAAUGGCCUUUGUGAACUCUACAGUGAAGCCCCCUCGGGAUGUACGGAGAAGACAAGAGAAGUUUGGAACUGGAGGUGCUCUUGUGCCAGAGAGAACCAAAAUAAAACCAGUCCUCUACACAUCUGGCAAAAGCCAUGCUCGCGUGAGCGAGGAGCGGUCCUAUGAUGGGCCCAGCACCAGCAGUGCCCAUUCUGUCCCAUCAUCAGGCAGCACCUUCUCAUCCUAUGACCCUAGGAAGCCACCAGUGAAGAAAAUUGCACCCAUGAUGGCAAAGACUAUCAAAGCUUUCAAAAACAGGUUCUCUAGGAGAUAGGUUGGAAGCACAGAGCUGGGAUUUUUCUCUUUCGUGGGGGAGUGGCACUGAUGGGGGAGAAGGUACCAAAACAGCCCAAGUCCUUUGAACUCUGCGGAGGCUGCAGCUGCUGGGAGAGACUUUGAUCUGCACAAAAUGACAGCACAGUAUUUUAUCUUUUAUUCUCAUCCCUUCUCCCUAACCUCCUGUUUCUGGCCUUGUCUUCUCUCUAAAGAAAGAUGUACAGGAUCUCCAGAUGUGAGAAAAUGUGAAGUCUUGGCACCUGCUGAGAGUAGAAAAUCCAGAGACUAUUUACUAUUUAACCUCUUAAUAAAUUAUGAAAUGGUUUUAAUUAA